AUGGACCGACAGCUGAUUCAGUCCAAUUUGAACCAACCAGAUUCUGCAACUCAGACAUCCAGCAGUCUCAUUGCGUCAAAUACAGCUGGUCAGACCAUAAGUGAUGAGGGUCAAAGUAACUAUGCUUUUAAAACAGCUUGUGAAAUUACCACCCGCCCAUCGAGCAAGCGAGAGACAGUCGGCAGUUCAGAUUUCUCCGUCUCUCCUAGACAUCGAUUUGGCGGCAUCACUCCUGGUGCGAACUCUGGGCCGCCUAUGUGUGAAAACAAUAGUGCAUCUCGACUGGCUCGUCUGCUUGUCUCCCCUUUGGCUUUGUCGACCUCUUCACAGUCUCCCAUUUUUGCCAGCAUUUCGACCUCCCAUGUUCCCACAGCCAGCAAUAGCCUCUCCGGCACUAAUGUUUCUUUUGCUACUUCCAAUACUAUUGAUGGUUCCGGGAUUGUUUGGGACAACGAUAAAAUUGGAAGUAUUGUUGUUCGAGGCCAGAGCGAAGAGCCAGGGCUGCCACACGCCAAGACUAGUCUUUUGUCUUCACCCAAUUCCUUUUCUUCAUUCUCCAGCUUCAUUUCACUCGGCAACUCAGCAUCCUUUGUCACAUCUUGCAGCCCGGUCGGGUCGGCUCAAGUGUUGUCUUCGGCUGGUCGACGAGUUAAUUGUGAAUCUAACAAGCAUGACAGCGACGAAGCAGUUAUUGAUGAAGCUGAAGUCGUUAGACAGUCAUCAGGUCUCCAAGGAAAGGAGGAGCAGGGCGGCGAAGCCAGCAAGGAAGCUGCAGGGAGUGGUAGCCGAAAAUGGCUGGCAGGUAGCCGUUUUCGCCACAGCCUAGGCAAGGGAGGUUCGCAACUACGCUCGUCACUAUUUUCGCGUUACGGUAGGGCAAGUUUGAGGCUAUCCAAGUCUACUGCCAACACUUGUACCUCUGAUUCUGACUCGGCAUCUGUCGUAACUAAGGGCGGGAUGCACAAUCGUCAGGAUGCCAUUUACUCCACGGCUGACGUAAGCACUUUCUUUUUUCAAAACCCUUUUGCAUUUUUAUCAAUGCUCCAUAGUAGACAUUGCAUGAUUUUUAAUCUUAUGAUGGGCAAAGCUAGUCAGCUGAUGGCAAAUAGUUUAUGCCUGCCUAUAUUACAACCCAUUUCUUUUUCAACAGAUUUGUCUGUUUGGCAGCUUUUAUUGAAGCUUUAG